CAGCAAUCCCGCUUCCAGAACGGUAACCUCAUGGCAACGCAGUCCAUAACCACUCUCAACUCAAGUCCAUCGAAGAUCUGCCAAUUGUAGCGAAAAGCGGCAUUGCGCUGCGACCGAGAGUGGGCGACGCUUACAAUGGCGGAUGAAGAGACGAUAGCCCAAUUUGCUUUGUCAGAGGAAGAACGCGAGCUGAUCCAAAAGAUUCGGCGAUCCGAAGCUGAUGCUUCAGACCCUAGGCUGCAACUGACACUGGAGCUCUCUCUAUAUGCUGGGAGUCGCUAUCUUGGCAGCUAUGAUAUUGAAGCUACCCGGAUGGUCUCGCAAUUUGCGCAUUACGGAACUUUGUAUCUCGAGAAGGUGUUGAGGGGUCUAGAACCCGAAGAACAAUCCGAAGGUGGCAAUGGAGAUUUUCAACUCAACGACGGCGAUUCGAUUUUGGAUACCCUGAGCAUUCUUGAAGAACAGCCAGAUGCUGGCAACGAGAGCGUUCAAUUAAAGGAUAGCGACUCCAUUUUGGACACUCAGAGUACCCUUGAGGACAACAAUACCGCGGACAAUGAUGACAAGAAGCCAAUAUCCCGGCAUGCGAUACGAGAAGAACUCGUUCCAUCAUACGUAAAGGAUAUUAUUUUUACUGCCAGUAGAGAAGCAGUCAGCCCGGCUUGCGAAGAACAGCUACGUAUCCAGUUCCCAGGAGUAAUCGUCACGCGCGACUGUUCUAAGGUGGAACAUGAGGAGGACCAGGAGGUUGAUGAGAUGGAGCAAGAGGAGGACCAGAAGGCGGCAGCCACAGAGAAGCCCAAGUAUGCAUGGACAUCUACUGAGUUCACACAAGGCCCCAUCAAGAAACUUGCAGAUCUUGUCCAGUAUGCCACACACCCGCCUACCGACCAUGAAUUUGGCUUCAACUUUCCAUUAGGCGAAAUCUGGGACACUCUCCCGGAAUCUCGAAAGCUAGACAUUGCCCAUGCACGAGCAAUCCAGGGUCGGUAUGGAAAAACCGUCGACGGACCCGGAUGCAGCCAGUGCAUAGCGGAGGGCUAUGAGUGUAAGGUCUAUCACCAACAACUUGAAGACCUAUCCCACAUUGGGCCCCAUGGACAUGCCUGUCAAAAUUGUCGUCUACGGGGCACAGCUUGUGAUACUUCUGCCGCCGCUGAAGAUCGACCUACAUCGAGCCUGACUGGGGAUAAGAUUGAUCCAACCGACAAUACACAGGAGUCUAAUCUGGCUUCUAACGUAAGCCUCAACGAUUUGGGUUCGCACAUCGGGGACGUCGAUACUAGUGGUCGGCAAGAUGAGAUACCUCCAGAGUCAGAAGAAAGCCGAGAAAGCGGAUCCUUGGAUCUUCAAGUCACCAACAGCCUGACGGCUGAUCCUAUCAUGAAGAGGGCCCUAUCCAUUGGUCUCGAUCUCAGCAAAACUGACAUGGAAGAGACUCUCAGCCUGUAUAGAAAAUUGCGCGCGAGCAAAGUCGUCAGCCCUUCUGAGGGGGACAAUGUUGCACUUGAGCACCAAUACAAAACUCUUACCACGCUCUACAUACUCGCCCCCAAGGAAAUAGAGAAACUACGGGAUGCAGUGCUAUUAGAGUUCCAGAGAAUAAGCUGCUACUACUUUGAAAGCUUACCUGGUAUUGAAACUACUGUUCUGGCCUUCAAGCAUCUACCGACACAUUCUCGGCUCUGUAAAUGGAUAGCAAUCCUGUAUGCCUCCCGGUGGAGAACUCAAGAGGACGGUGAAUAUGAAGCCUUCGUCCAAGACCACCCCAACCUUGACUCCUCGGCUCUCUGGAGGCUAUUCUAUGCCAUGAGGAAUUCGUCCACGCAAGAGUGUACAAACGAUGCAAAAUCACUGAAGAAGGUGGGCGAUAUUCAUGGAUAUGCAGAAGACAAUAGAAAAAGGCAGGCAGUUUGCAACGAGAUGCAGUUCACUCUCACAAAGAAACUGAAGAAACCGGCCUUCAUACAUGUACAAGGGAAUGAACUCAGAGCCACUUCUUCUAGGGCUAAAAGAAAACUGGAUUGCUCGCCAAUCGACGCUUUGAACCCACCAAAGAGAAAAAGAUGCCCUGUUAGAAGCAGGUGAAGGAGUAAGCGCCUUCGGUUUUGGCUAUGUGGUUGAACGUGGUGUAUACAGUGUGUCUUUAUUUGAGACCUAUACGCAGCGAUGACCUAAUUGUGAGAAGACGCGCUGUUAUUCAUAAGGAAGGCGAAGUAAACAUUCAACUCAAACCACUCGACUCUCCCACUGCAGAUCUGGCACGGUACUCUGGCGUUGGCAUAAGGUUCACGAGCACAAGACAACGUGGCAGGACAUUCAAUAACUUUGAGUAGUACAGUUCUCUCGAUAGAUAGGAGGAUAGUAAAUACCUAAUAUAAUAGGUAGACUUGUAUUUUGCGUUUGCGCGGUGCACGUGUCAUGCGUAAUUUAUAUUUUGACAUCAACAAAGAAGAGACAGGACAAUGAAGAAAGGAUGUGAUGUCUCUGAAAGGGUGUAGGCAAC